AUGGGGUUUAAAAAGCAGAUGCUCCGCUUUGAGGAGCAACUGUCAGAUGUUGACUCAGAAUCAGAAGUCGAGCCUCCGAUCCCACUACGAUUCCGUUUCCUCGAUUUGCCGUCCGAAAUCCGUCUGCAUAUCUAUCACUAUGUCCUCUUCACGCCAACUCGGAAGAGUGCAUCGAAACGCACGGGAAGCGUGGGAUCCUCUGCGAAGAAAAGCAAGCCCCUAGCACCAUCCUCGCACCGCAUCGCGCUGUUUCUGGUCUCGAAACAAAUCCACGACGAAGCGACUCAUUUCUUCUAUUCAACACAGACAUUCCGUGUUUUUCCCGUGCAGGAUUUUCUGCGCAUGCCCACUGUGCGGGCUUUGCCUCGACGCCACCGCCAUUCAAUCACCACCAUUGAAUUGAUUGUGGGGUCCAGCUGGACUGCACCGCCGAAGUCAUGGGUGGUAAACCAGGGGCUGGGACUACACGACAUGGAUCUUGCUCGCACAUUGAAGGUGUUUGUACAGUGUGACCCGUCACACCCUGUGUUUGAAGGUUUCCGCAUCUCCAAAGAAUACUAUACCGAGUUCUGUGGCAAAUUGUUAAAACAGAUCCUAGAGCGGCUACCGGGUCUGGUUCAGGUCGAAUUCGACGCCUGGUCAUCUGUAGAGAAGAGCGGAUCUUUAAUGACUCGCUUACUCGCAGAAACUCGAGAUGCCCAGAAAAAGGUCCUUUGGGGCCCGGAAAGAGGCUGGUCAGACAGUCAAGAUGAUGCCGACGAGAAACAUGACCUCAGUGACGCAGAUGUUGCUUUGGAUGGCCUGCGGGCUUAUCCUCCAGAUGUCAUCGAGGCCUUGAGCAAUUCCCUUCAGACAGUCAAGUUGAAGGCAUAG